GGGCCGAGCCGAGCCCAGCCGUGCGGGCUCACGCCGGGGGAGCGGCGCUUGUGCCGAGCCGAGCCGACGGCAAGGCGUCCUGCGGGACCCGGGCCCGGCGGGGCCGAGCCGGAGCAGCUGCUGCCCCCAUGAUGUGCGAGGCAGGGCUGAUUGCAUCGGAGCCCUCCAACCCCAUGCAGUACUAUGGUGAGUCGUCUGACACCUACUACCACGUGGACCGCUGGCAGAGGCUGCGCACGGCUGUCAGGAAGCUGGAGUUCUGGGAAAACUUCAACGCCGAGCUGAUAGGCAGCGGCUUCUUCUCCAAGGUCUACAAGGUGACUCAGGCUGCUGCUUGUAAGGUGAUGGUGGUGAAGAUCUACAAGAACGACGUGGACCAAGAGGUGAUUGUGCGUGAGAUCAGCCUGCUGCAGAAGCUGUCCCACCCCAACAUCGUUAGAUACCUUGGGAUAUGUGUGAAGGAUGACAAACUGUACCCCAUUCUGGAGUACGUGAAUGGAGGUUGCCUGGAGGAGCUCCUGGCCAGCAAAGACAUUGGUUUGACAUGGAAGGAAAAAGUGGACUUAGCUUCUGACAUCACCAGAGGAAUGAUCUACCUGCACUCCAAGAACAUCUACCACCGAGAUCUCAACUCCAAGAACUGCCUCAUUCGACUGAUGCCACGGGGUCGCGAGGCGCUGGUGACUGACUUUGGGCUGGCCAGGGAGGUGGUGGAGCUGCCUGUGAAGGAUGUGGAGAGGAAGCUGUCUCUGGUGGGUUCUGCUUUCUGGAUGGCUCCUGAGAUGCUGCGGGGAGAGCCCUAUGACCGGAAGGUGGAUGUGUUUUCCUUUGGCAUUGUCCUCUGUGAAAUCCUGGGCAGGAUCCCAGCUGACCCUGAAGUGCUUCCCAGGACUCAGGAUUAUGGCUUGGAUGUUGCUGCCUUCCAAGGGAUGAUCAGUGAAUGCCCCAAGCGGGUGAUUGACCUUGCUGCUAGCUGUUGUUGGGUGGAAGCAUUUAAGAGGCCGUCUUUCUCCGAAAUCCUGGAUGAGUUGGAGGAUGUCACAGAGAGCCUGGAGCCUAGGAGGGACAAUCAGCUUUUGGGCUGAGCUGCUGGCCUUCUGUGAGGCUUGGCACAGAAUCACCCAAACUGUAAAUUUACUAUCUGGGGGGUCAGGAGUGAAGAAGGAAGGUGGGGAAGGGAAGAGCUAAGUGAUGCACUGGUGUUUAUUGAAUCAUAGUCUCGGUCUCUAAUUUCUUGGAUGGAAAACAUGGUUAAAAAUGGAGAAGGGACUUACCAAGGGUAUGUUUUUCCUAGCUAAAGUUUUUAACAGAUGUAAUUAGGACACCGAGCAGCCUUUGUCUGUUUGCUUGUUAAAAGCAAAUGAUCCUGGAGGAACCUGAAUUCCCUUGAGGAUGCUUUCCAAAACCCCAGUAGAAACAUUGUCCUCUCCUGCUUCCCUGUGCCCCUGGGUCCCAGGGCAUUCCCAUUCUCCAUCCCCAUGGCCUUGAGGAAUUGCCUCGCAGGGGGCUGGGGUCUGUGGAGUGUGAAGGAGAGGGGCUUUGGGGUGCUUGGUGAGCCUCAGAGUCGCCUUAUAUUUCAAAGCCUUAAAGCACCCAUCCAGCAGCCUUGCAGGAGCAGGUAUGCUCUGCAAGGUCUCUGUCUGGGUCUCCUGGCAUUGCACUAGGGGCGCACCCAGACAUGGAGUCAUCCAGCAAGGUUUUGGAGAGUCAGCCGGGGCCACCCAUAGGAUGCUGACCUGCGCUGGCUGAGGUGAUGGGGAGGGUGUGCCUUAUUGAGAUAUGAACUAACUGACUAAUAUCUCCUCUCAGAAAAGCUUUGUCAGACACAUGUCCCAGCAUCAUGGUAGUCUGGAUUUCUCCCUGCCGCCUCUACUCAAAGAUGGAGGGGUCUGCCUCCCCACUUCUCGUCCUGCUGCAAACAUGGUGAUAAUGAGCACAGUGCCAACAGUUUGUGAGGCCGAAACGGGGGAGAGCUGCAUCCAGCAUCAUCCAGCAUCUUACCCAUUUCUCUGCCUGGCCCAGCACCCAUCACUUCCUCGGCUAUGUGGGACACCCUUGCAGGCCCCAGCGCUCAGGCAGCCAGGAAAGGACUUGGUUUUGAUAUCAUGUUUUCUUCUGUAGGCCACAGGAGGGUGCUGGGGCUGCAGAUCCAAACCAGAGGUGGAAAGAAUAAUGGCUAGAAAUGGUCUGGCAUUGCAAAUUGAGAGAAAGAGGUGAGCAGUCAAGUCCCUGCCCCUAGAUGAGCCAAUUGCUUGGCCAUUGGUCUGAAAGACGUGUUCUGCUGGGACCAAAAUGUUUGUGAGUGUAAAUAUGUGUAAUGUCUGUAUAGUGGUGGAGCUGUGGCACUGUUCUUGUAGACUGUAAGCUCAUGGAGCAAGGAUCAUUCAUCUGUCCACCAAAAAGUAUUUGUACAGUGUUUAGCCCAAUGGGCCUUCAACAUACAGCUUUAAGGCUGUUCUCCCACAUAGUGGUAGACCUACCUGGGGGCCUCAUCUCAAGUUCUUGGAGCAACAUUUGGUGUCAUAUAUAGCCCAACAUCUCUGUGUCGUGGUGCGUGCACAAGGGAGUGUCAGCGGUGUGCUGGGACGGAGACAUAGUGGAGGAGCAUGGUGCAUUUUCACUAGGGAUCAUAAGGAACUGGGAGCUGGCUUGAAAUGCACUGAAUGGUACCAGGGUCACUAGUUCAGCCACAUCUCCAGGGUGCAUUUGCAUCUCCUCAUUCCCCAGAGGUGCUCUUGUGCUUUUGUGGGAUACUGACUUAUUUGCACAAGAAACCUCCUGCUCAACAGUAAACUGCCCAGCAAAUACCUUCAUCCCAUUUGGAUACUGCCAGUGGGGGGGAAGCAAAGCCUCGAGAAGUAGAAGACUGAAAAUAAGGGAAGCUUUUCAACCUGGAGGAGGGAGAGUGGCCACUUUUUGACUUGCACCAGUUUGGGCACUUUAGACCAGUGGAGUGAAAUGGACUGCAACAGCAGUGCAAACAGCACUGAUGUAUGUGUGUGUCUUCAAUGAGAGCCAGCCACCACCAGCAUCGCAGCAACGUGUUGAAUGAAAAUCACAGGUUGUAGAUUUGGCUACCAGGAGAUGGAUCUGAGGAGCUAACUGCAACCUCCCAGGGCUUCCCAGUCUUCCCUGGGCUCUUCUUCCAUAGAGAAAUAGGCUUGAGAGUAAGGAAUCCAACAGUAUGUCCUAACACCCAAAGCAUUAAGGAUGCAAAGCCUUUUCCAAAUGCCACUAUGGAUGAAGGAUAGGCGUUCACCUCAGCUCGGUCUCUGGCUAGAUGCAUUGCUUUCACAAAGCCUUUCCCCAGCCUUCCCCAUGCUGCUUCGUCUGCCAAGCUGGAGUCUGUUCUUCCUCUGCCCCACCUGCACAAGAGUAGACUAAAGGAAGAUCCCUCAACAUAUUGAUCCCUCAAAUGGCCUGUUACAGGGUGAAGGUGUCUUGUUCCACAGGCACUUCCCUGCAGGGCUGCUCCCCUGCUGGCCACCCCCUUCCCAGGACCAGCAAGGCUUGGUGCUAGUGGUGCCCUACUGCAGACUGGGCUGAUCCUUCUUCCAGCUGUCCAUCUGACUCUGAUCCUGCAGAGCAACAACUGUGGGGCUGGGACACAGUAGAAAAGGCAUGUGGAGUUGUGUAUACUUUGGUGAUGCUGUGGUAUGAAGGGAGAUAUUUUGGUUUUAUUUAUCUGCUUGGAGGUAAGAAGCCUGCUCAAGGAUUAAACAGAUCUGGGGGUGGGGGUUGGGAUAUUUUCUGCACAGAGCACAGAGGAUAGCAUUAGCCAGCACGGUGUGAGCUGUGAUGGAGCAGAACUGCAUUUCUUCUGGGCUUGCCAUGUGCCCCAUACACUCUCAUGGUGAGGCCACAUGCUGGAUCUCAGGUGACUGAAGGAUAUCAGGUCCUUGCUAUAAGGACCUUUGGUGCCUGCUGCAGGGGCAGGUGGGACCGAGACUGUCUGCAGACACCAUGUGGACUAGAAAAGCCAAUGUUGGGAGUCUGCAGAGAACAGAGGUUGUCUGGGAAUUUGUCUGGUGCAUCUCAUGGACCAAGAGUUUCUCUUCACUGGUGAGAGCUGGAGGGAGAAGCAAGUAUGGGAAAUCUGCCGAGAUGCCCUCCAGGUAUGAGCCCCUGUGCUGGGAGUGCAGGGCCUGGCUUUCCCAUGCCAGUCUGAUGCAAAGUCCAGGUCAGUGGUUGAAUUUCAUGUCUCGGAGUCCUGGCACUGAAUUGACGCAACUGCGAUGGUGGGUAGGGGGUCUGGGUGGUGCAGCAGGCUCGCCUUUGCUGAACCUGACCAGGAGCUGCCUCAUCUGCCUCUCUUCCCUCUGUUGGCCGCUUGCUCUGCAGCUGCCGAUGGCACAGACCUGGCCAUGCUGCGCCCCAUGGGCCAUGCGUUCCUGCAUCUCCAUUGUGUCUUCAUUUGUUUGUUUUUAUAAAUGCCAUUUGGAAAUAAAGUCUAGUGGUUCUUUUCCA